GAGGGACACUACUACAAUUUCUCAUCCCAUAUUCUCUCUAUGACUCCUUCCAAAAUUUGAAUCCCAUUUUCUAAUUUCUCUGUCUCUGUUGCUUGAACAGUUAAACAGCGAGCAGGUGGGUGGUUCCUGUGCCCCUUGUAGGACGGUAGGAGAGGAGGCGGAGCCACCCAUCUACGGUUGCCCUGGUUCAUUGUGUUUGUGAAGACAGUCUUCAACACCACUCUCUCUCUCUCUCUCUCUGAAGCAAAUCAUCAAAGCCUACGCGAAAUUGUUAAUUUCCUUCCCCUGAUCCAUCCCCUCUAAUCAUCAAGCACUUGAACGACCAAAUUUUGGGUAAGAAUGAGGUCGAGGGGUUUUGAAGUUAUGCUUCUUUACUUCUUCUUCUUCUUCUUCACUGCCUUGGCUUUCAGGAUUCGAGCGCAGGACCUCCAACAUACUGAGCGGAUUUCAGGCAGUGCUGGUGAUGUCUUGGAGGACGAUCCAGUGGGAAGGUUGAAAGUUUUUGUUUAUGAGCUUCCAAGCAAAUACAAUAAGAAGAUCCUUCAAAAAGACCCCAGAUGUCUCACCCACAUGUUUGCAGCUGAGAUUUUUAUGCAUCGAUUCCUCUUAUCUAGUCCAGUUCGAACCCUCAAUCCUGAGGAGGCUGAUUGGUUCUACACUCCUGUAUACACCACUUGCGACCUAACCCCAAAUGGCCUUCCUUUGCCAUUCAAAUCCCCUCGGAUGAUGAGAAGUGCAAUACAGCUUAUUGCUUCGAACUGGCCGUAUUGGAAUCGAUCAGAGGGGGCUGACCACUUUUUUGUGGUACCCCAUGACUUUGGGGCAUGUUUUCACUAUCAAGAAGAGAAAGCUAUUGAAAGAGGGAUUCUUCCACUGCUCCAACGUGCUACCUUGGUUCAGACUUUUGGACAAAGGAAUCAUGUUUGCUUAAAGGAUGGUUCAAUCACAAUUCCUCCAUAUGCUCCCCCACAGAAAAUGCAAGCCCAUUUAAUCCCUCCAAAUACUCCUCGCUCCAUCUUUGUUUACUUCCGAGGUUUGUUCUAUGAUGUGGGGAACGAUCCUGAAGGUGGUUAUUAUGCAAGAGGAGCAAGGGCGGCAGUUUGGGAAAACUUUAAGGACAAUCUCUUGUUUGACAUCUCUACGGAGCAUCCAACAACAUAUUAUGAAGACAUGCAACGAGCUGUUUUCUGUUUGUGCCCACUUGGGUGGGCACCGUGGAGUCCAAGAUUGGUAGAAGGGGUGAUUUUUGGGUGCAUCCCCGUGAUAAUUGCAGAUGACAUUGUCUUACCUUUUGCUGAUGCAAUUCCUUGGGAAGAGAUUGGAGUGUUUGUGGCUGAGAAGGACGUGCCUAACUUGGACACCAUUCUCACAUCCAUCCCACCGGAAGAUAUACUGAGGAAGCAGAGAUUGCUAGCAAACCCUUCAAUGAAGCAGGCAAUGUUGUUUCCACAGCCUGUCCAACCGGGGGAUGCUUUCCAUCAAAUUUUGAAUGGACUUGCGCGAAAAUUGCCACACGACACAACCGUUUACUUGAAUCCAGGUGAGAGGAUCUUAAACUGGACAGCUGGUCCAGUUGGUGACCUGAAACCUUGGUAGCUUCAUUGGCAUCAUGUACGUGAAACUCAUGGCAUGCAUGUUCACCAUUUUGCCCUUGUCUCUCACCUUACUUAUUGGGGUCUGCUGCUAUUUCAAGGUGGGUAAUUUGGUUAAAGCCUAGAUCUUCAGUUCUGCCAAAGGUGUGUUGUAAGAUUAUGGAAGAACCCCUCUUUCAGUUGUAGAUGUUUUGGGUUUAUACUUUGGAUUUUAUCGCAUAUGAUUGUAAUUUGAUUUGAAAGCUAUCAUGAAUUCACAAUGACUGGUCCGUCCAUAUGUUUUUGGGGUGAUCUGUCGUUAGCAACUGGCCUUUUUUAAUUCUUUUGGUUUACAGUCUCAUUAUGCAA